ACUGUCCCAGGGCUCUUGAGCCUGCCUACUGUAGCCCAGCCCCUUCCUGCUCCCCACUCUUCGCUCUGCUUGGCUGCUUAGAUAACCCAGAGCAGGGAAUCCCCUGGUCUUGACCACCACAGGGAUGGCGGCAAGUGGCCGGGGCCUCUGCAGGGCCCUGGGUGCUCCCCUCUGCCCCGUGGGAAGAUUUGCCCACUCGGAAGCAAGGGCCCAUCUGAAGCCCAAGUAUGACGCUGUGGUGAUCGGAGCAGGUCACAACGGGCUGGUAGCGGCAGCAUACCUGCAGAAAUUGGGCAUCAGCACUGUCGUGUUCGAGCGACGUCAUGUGAUCGGGGGUGCGGCUGUCACUGAGGAGAUCAUCCCAGGGUUCAAGUUCUCCCGAGCUUCCUACCUGCUCAGCCUGCUGCGACCUCGGAUCUACAAGGACCUGGAACUGAAGAAACAUGGGCUGAAAAUUUAUCUUCGAGACUUCUAUUCUUUCACCCCCAUUCUGGAAGAAGACAAAGGCAGCAAGGUUCCUCGGUCCCUCCUGCUGGGCACAGACAUGGCAGAAAAUCAGCGGCAGAUCGCCCAGUUCUCUCAGAAGGAUGCCCAGUACUUCCCGGCCUAUGAAGACUUCAUGCAUCGCUUGGCAUUGGCUAUGGACCCUCUGCUAGACUCACCCCCUGUGGACCUGGAGGCCUUUCAGCGUGGCUCCAUCCUGCAAAGACUCAAGUCCCUAUCUACUCUCCAACCCCUGCUACGGGCAGGCCGCAUCCUGGGAGCCCAGCUGCCCCAGUACUACCAAGUCCUCACAGCUCCAAUUACCAAGGUGCUGGAUCAGUGGUUUGAGUCUGAGCCUCUCAAAGCAACUCUGGCUACAGAUGCAGUGAUCGGAGCCAUGUUGAGCCCUCACACCCCCGGCAGUGGGUAUGUGCUGCUACAUCAUGUGAUGGGGGGCCUGGAGGGGGUGCCAGGGGCCUGGGGCUAUGUCCAGGGUGGUAUGGGCGCCCUCUCGGAUGCCAUCGCCAAGUCAGCCACAGCUUAUGGAGCAAGUAUCUUCACUAAUAAGACAGUGGCCACAGUGCAGGUGGACAGUGGCGGACGCACAUGUGGAGUCGUGCUGCAAGAUGGCACGGAGGUGAGGAGCAAGGUGGUCCUGUCCAAUGCCUCACCACAGACCACCUUCCUGGAGCUGACACCCCAGUCUUGGCUUCCAGAGGACUUUGUGGAGAGCAUCUCCCAGCUGGACACAAAGUCACCGGUCACCAAGAUCAAUGUGGCUGUCAAUAGACUGCCUGAUUUCCUGGCAGCCCCCAAUGCUGCUAGUGGCCAGCCACUGCCUCACCACCAGUGCUCCAUCCACCUGAAUUGUGAGGACACACUCCUCCUCCACCAGGCGUUUGAGGAUGCGGAGGAAGGCUACCCUUCUCGCAGGCCCAUGAUUGAGCUCUGCAUCCCUUCCUCGCUGGAUCCCACCUUGGCUCCUCCCGGUUGCCAUGUUGUCUCCCUUUUCACUCAGUACACACCCUACACUCUGGCAGGAGGCAAGGCCUGGGACGAACAGGAGAAAAAAGCAUAUGCGGACAAAGUGUUUGACUGCAUCGAGGCCUAUGCCCCCGGCUUCAAGAGCACUGUGGUGGGCAGAGACAUCCUCACCCCUCCUGACUUGAAGAGAAUCUUUGGGCUUCCUGGAGGGAACAUAUUCCACUCUGCCAUGACCUUGGACCAGCUCUAUUUCACCCGCCCAGUGCCCAUGCACUCCAAUUACCGCUGCCCUCUCCCGGGCCUGUACCUCUGCGGAAGUGGGGCCCAUCCUGGAGGAGGUGUCAUGGGAGCUGCUGGACGCAAUGCAGCCCAUGUGGUCAUCCAGGACCUUAAGAGCCUGAGCUAA